GAGAACGCCCGCCAACGGAUGUGAGGGACGCAAGAUGUACAGUAGGCAAGCGUUGGGAGGGAGUCAUGGCGGAAGAAGAUGAAGCGGUUCGCAUAUUACAGAGCUUGAGGGGAAAGAUAUGCGAAGCCAAGAACCUACCUCCAUGCCAUGGACCAAACAAGAUGCGAGAUUGCUUUUGUAUCAUAAAACUGGACCAAGAAGAGGUUUAUCGGACAAAAGUAGUUGAAAAAUCUUUAAGCCCCUUUUAUGGUGAAGACUUUUACUUUGAAAUCCCCAGAAGUUUCCAGUACCUCUCUUUUUAUAUCUAUGAUAAGAAUUUUUUCCAAAAGGAUCUGCCCUUUGGUAAAGUGUCAAUUAGAAAGGAAGAUUUGUGCAAGCACAACUGCAAGGACAGCUGGUUUGCACUGCAUCUUGUGGAUGCCAAUUCUGAAGUUCAGGGAAAAGUUCAUCUGGAAGUUAAGCUUAAUGAACUUAUAAGAGAAACAGGAUUGGUUUGUCAACAGCUAGUGGUACGGAUUAUUGAAUGCCAAGGACUUCCUCUUGUAGGUGGACAAAGUGGUGAUCCAUAUGCUUCUAUCUCGUUGGUUGGACCUUCCAGGUUGGAUCAAAAAAGAACCAAAGUAAAGAAGAAAACAAGUAACCCACAGUUCGAUGAAACAUUCUAUUUUGAAGUAACUCGAAGCAGCAGUUACACCAAAAAAUCUCAUUUCCAAGUGGAGGAGGAAAAUAUUGAAAAACUUGAAAUCAGAGUUGAUCUGUGGAACAGUGAAAACCUGGUACAGGAUAUCUUCCUUGGUGAGAUUAAGGUUCCUGUGAAGAUUUUAAGGAAUGAUAAUUGUCAUCGAGCUUGGUAUUUAUUACAACCAAAGGAGAAUGGAAACAAGUCUGCAAAAUCAGAAGACUUGGGAUCACUUCGCUUGUCUAUAUUCUACAAUGAAGACUAUGUCCUUCCAUCCCAGUACUACAAUUCCCUAAAUGAGCUGCUGCUAAAGUCAUCUGAUGUAAAGCCUAUAUCUGCCUCAGCAGUCCAUAUCCUGGGUGAGGUGUGCAAUGCAAAGCAAGAAGCUGUGUUACCCCUCGUACGCUUAUUAUUACAUCAUAAGAAGUUAGUUCCUUUCCUUCAUGCUUUGGCUGAAUUAGAUCUCCAGCAAACACAGGAAGUCAACACUAUCUUCAGGGGAAACUCUCUAGCUACUCGGUGCAUUGAUGAAACAAUGAAACUGGUUGGAAAGCAUUAUCUGAAAGUGACACUGAAGCCAAUUUUAGAUGAAAUCUGUGACUCCUGCAAAACUUGUGAGAUUGAUCCUAUAAAGCUCAAAGAAGGUGAUAAUGUUGAGGUGAACAAGGAGAACCUUCGCCAUUAUGUCGAGAGGGUAUUCAAUUUGAUUGUGCAAUCCAGUAUGAGUUGCCCUACUUUAAUGUGCGAGGUAUUUAAUUCACUACAAAAUUUGGCAAGGAAACAGUUUCCAGAUGAUCUCCAGGUGAAGUACUCUGCCGUGAGCAGCUUUGUCUUCCUACGAUUCUUCGCAGUUGCAAUAGUUUCACCUCACAGUUUCCAUCUCCGACCCCAUCACCCAGAUGCUCAUACAUUUCGAGUCUUAACCCUAAUUUCAAAAACAAUCCAAACUUUGGGAAGCUGGUGCAGUUUAUCAAAAAGCAAGCUGUCAAGCUUCAAGGAAUCCUAUAUGUGUGAGUUCUUUAAACUGUUUCAAGAAGACAAAUGUAUUGAUUCAGUUAAAAAGUUUAUAGAUGAAGUAUCAUCUGUGCAAAGUAAGGAGCCCAGUGGUGUAGAUGAACCAAUUAUUCUCAAAGAAGGAGAAAUCAUUAAAAGAGCUCAGGGAAGAAAUCGAAUUCGUAAAGUGCACAAUUUUAAGAAGCGAUGGCUCCGCUUGACCAACAGAGAGAUCUCUUACCACAAACAGUCAGGUAAAGACCCCUUGUACAGCAUUCUGAUUAAGAAUAUUAUUGCAGUUGAGAAAGUUGAAGAAAGAUGCUUCAACAGAAAAAAUAUGUUUCAAAUUCUCAUCGUGGACAGACCUGAAAGACCCCUUUAUAUUCAGGCUAGUAACUGUGUGGAAGCUAAUGAAUGGGUUGAAAUAAUCACCAGACUGAGCCGUUGCAAUCAUAAGAGGCUGCAGGUUUACCAUCCUUGUGCUUUUCUAUCUGGAAGCUGGAUAUGCUGCAAAAAUACAGAUGAAAAAGCAGCUGGAUGCACCAAUUGCACUGGAGGUUCUCCAGCAAAUAUUCAGCUCGCUAUUGACUGUGACCGGGAAGCUGAGAGAAUAUUUUCAUUAUUCCAAGCCAACCGGCCCAGGCUGCAAAAAAUGGAAGAUGCAUGUGGCAGUAUGGAUGUGUAUCAAGGUCCUCAACAAGAGCAAGAUGAAUAUGCCCAUUUUACUAUUCAAGACUCAAGAGUUACCUUUAAAACACUUCAGCAAAUAACUGUAGUUGUGCAAGAGUUGGCUAAAUUUCAUGAGCAGUACAGAAUUAAGAGGUCAACUCAUGCUGAAUAUGGGAGCAAAGAAAAUCCAAUCGGAGCAAAAUAAUCCCAGUGGAAAUGCAGGACCUGGAAGCUGCUGGAGCUCUGAAAUUAAUAUUUCUCUUCACUAUGCUGGUGUCUUACGGACACAAGCCUUCAGUAGAUAAAUGAAAUGUUUCAUUGAAGGUGUACAUUUAUGUGGUCCACAAAAGUGAACUAAUUUUGAUGCACUUUAAUCUCCUGAACUUUCCCAGGUGAUAUUAAUUUAUAAUUUGUUUUUUUUAAAAGACUAAUAUCUGUUUUUUUUAAAAUCUGUUGAACAUUCCAUUUGAUCAUAACAUGGUUAUUCAUUGAAAACUAUUCUGUGAACUCCAUUUCAUUUUUUGGACCAUUUAAAAUUUGAUGAGCUUAAUUUUUUUUAAAAUAUCCUCCAAGUUUUAAAAAUGAAUAAACUGAGAGCGAAGGGUAUUAAGUACUUAUUUUAAUGUUCCAGAAAGGUCAUCUUCAUUUCCAAAAUCAUUCAAGGUACUUUCCCUAGUACAAGGAAUGCCCUGCUGUUACACUAUUCCUUGUGUAUUGAGUCUAGACCGUAUUCUUCUGAAAUGGCCCAUGAGCAGGUUAAGGUCUGGCAUUCCCUGUGUCUGCUGCUUUUCAGAACUGAACAUAUCAAAUGGUUUCUAUCAUCUCAUAUAGCUUUAAUAAAUACUUGAAUAAUUUAGACAGAAGUUUCAAGACCAUAAUAGCUUUUAAAUGUUGAUGUCCUAAAUAAUAAGUGGAGGGGGUAGUCAGUAUUUCAUAUUGUAAUGAAUCUUAAUUACAAAAUAACUUCAACAUUUCCAAAGAAAUCGGUACUAAUGAUGGGAGGAAUCUGGUUUGUAAUGGUUUAGGUAAAUUAUGCAACAGCACACAGAGAAAAAAAAAUCCUGAGAUAACCUCUCCUAACCGACAGCAAUUUGCUUGUUUUAAUUGGCAGUGAUAGAAAACAAUUCUGCAUCAUUCUAGUAUAUAACUUCCUUUUCCAAAGGAAAAGAACUUGCUUUUUAAUUUGGUUCAUUGCUUGCUGUUAAAACGAUUUCCCAUUGGCUCAAAGAAUUUUGUUUCCUUGAUUCAUAAGUUGGCAGUGGAUUUCACUGUCUUUGUUUGGGCGUGUGUGGAUCCUUCAAACAUGUUCAAUCUAAAGCUAUAUGCAGCUACCUACCAAGGCAAGUCAAUUCAACACUCCUCUGUCCUUGCACUAGUUGGUACUUCCAUCAACUCGCUUUUGGCAGAUCCUCAAAGCAAUUGAAUACUGCCUCUCAAAUACCCAAAUAUUGGAGAUUAGUAAUAAUGACAGUUUAAAGGAGGUAUGGUGGGUGAGAGAAGUCAAGUUGUUAACAUCCCAUUUUGGAAAACAGCUAUUGAUCUAACAGAACCAUGUAUUGUUCUAGGCUGACUCCCUGGAAUUGUUACUUCCCCCC